CCUGGGUUUACUCACACCACCUUCACGUAUAUUUUGCACAAGACCUUAGUUAUUAAUGUUUACUAUCUGUAAUACACACGAAAGGGGUUUGCACACGCGGAGUCACAUUUCCUAUAAAUAGAGUCACAUUUUACGACUCGUUAUUCGCUGAAGAUCUCUUAGUCAAGUCAUUCUGAGAAGAUUUCAAGAAAAGCUAUAGACGCGAUGUCCGAGAUGUCAAAGACUGAAGCUGCAAUCUGCGCCAAGUGUUCUGGGGGUGAGUGCGACUGUUCUGGUGUGGACUGCUGUAGUACCAACUGCAGAUGCCCCGGAUGUAAAGUCAACUGCGCCUGUUUCUCGAAAAAGAGUGCUACUUGUCCUGAUGGCGUGUGUCAGAUAGGGCUUGCAUGUGAAUGUGGCGACUCCUGCACGUGCAGUGACGCAUGCCAGUGCCCUGGCUGUAAAGCCGGAUGUAAAUGUGCAGGUGCAAGCUUUGUGUGUUCCACUGCGUGCCAGGCAAGGAAAUGUUGCGGAACCAAUCUCUGCAAGUGCAACUGCAAGUGUGCCUGCUCAAAAAGCGGAUGCAACUGCGCAUCGGCCUGUGCCAAGUGUCCAGGGGGUAAGUGCUGUUGCACUGGUGCGGAUUGCUGUACCACUGGCUGUAGAUGUACCGGAUGUAAGGUGAAGUGCGCAUGUGUCCGUGCCAAGUGUUCAGGGUGUAGGUCCUGCUGUGCUGAAUCGGACUGCUGUUCCUCUGGCUGUAGAUGCUCCGGAUGUAAGGUCAACUGCGCAUGCUGCCCGGCAAAGAGUGCGACCUGUCCUGAUGGAAUUUGUAAAAUUGGGCUCGCUUGUGAAUGUGGCGAUUCCUGCAGGUGCAGUGACGCAUGCCCGUGCUCUAGCUGUAAGGCCGGAUGUGAAUGUGCAGGUGCAAACCUCGUGUGUUCCAUGAAGUGCCAGUCAGGAUGUUGUGGAACUAGGACCUGCUCCUGCAACUGCAAGUCUGCAUGCUCAAAGUGCAGAUGCGAUUGUGCAUCUGCCUCGUGCUGCGCCAAGUGUACGAGUGGUAGUUGUGACUGUGCUGGUGCGACCUGCUGUAACACCAACUGUAGAUGCUCUGGAUCGGCAAAGAAUGCGACCUGUCCUGACGGAAUUUGUCAGAUAGGGCGCGCGUGCGGGUGCGGUUGCAAGUGCAGUGAUGCAUGCCAGUGUUCUAACUGUAAGGCCGGAUGCAAAUGUGGAGGCGCCAACUUCGUGUGUUCCGUGGAAAGCAUAUCAGGACAAUGUUGCGGAACCGCAGACUGCCAGUGUGAUGGCAAGUGCGCAUGCCCAAAGUGCAAGUGUAACUGCGCAACUGAGGCUUGCUCGUGCGAUGCAGGCUGUACUGGACCAAGCACCUGCAAUUGUGCUCCUGAUUGCACCUGUAAGCAGUAAGCGGUGGCAUCAUGAGAACAUCCACAAACUACAUUUAAUGGACCGUCACACUGUUUGCGGAAUUUCGUGAAAAACGUUUUUAACUUAUUAUUGAAAUAAAUUUAUUCGUGAUUGUGAAAUACAUUCUUACCUAUCAACUGGUGACUUUAAUAUGGAGUAAUCAUUACUAAUUUGCCUUUUUAUUCAGUUCUGAUUUUCUUCUUGGAGCUUUGUUUUAUUAAAUAUUAAUGAAAAUAAAUCAUGGUAUAAACUUU